CGGCUGCAGUAAAAAAAAUAAGCCUCUACUUCCCUUCUCUCCUGUCUCUGUUAACCUCUGCAAAAAACAUGAAUUGCAGUAUCAGUCCAUUACCACCUGCACAGCCUCAACCUCCUCUCAAACUAAUCAAAACUAUAUAUCCCACUCUCUCUCUCUCUUAAAUUAUUGAAUUUUUAAAACCUUUCUUUUUUUUCUCAAUCCUUUUCGAGUCAUGAUUUAUGAUCAUUACUAGGACUUUAAGAAGAAAUAUACAAUUGCAAAAGCUUAAAACUUUGAUGGCCAGUGCUUUUUAGUUCACUUUUUUCUUUUUGGAAAAAUUGAAGAUAGUAAUGUCUGUUUCGGAGCUAAAGGAGCGCCAUGUGGCGGCGACUGAGACGGUGAAUUCUUUGAGAGAACGAUUGAAGCAGAAACGCCUUCUUUUACUUGAUACAGAUAUGGCGAGAUACGCAAGGGCGCAAGAGAGGAGUCCGGUGAGUUUUGGGCCCACCGAUCUGGUUUGUUGCAGGACUCUUCAAGGACACACUGGCAAGGUAUAUUCGUUGGAUUGGACCCCUGAAAGGAAUAGAAUAGUAAGUGCUUCUCAAGAUGGGCGAUUAAUAGUGUGGAAUGCUCUAACAAGUCAGAAAACUCAUGCCAUAAAGCUACCUUGUGCGUGGGUGAUGACAUGUGCUUUCUCUCCUACCGGACAAUCUGUUGCUUGUGGUGGUCUUGAUAGUGUUUGCUCAAUUUUUAACCUGAAUUCACCAACUGAUAAGGAUGGGAAUCUACCUGUAUCGAGAAUGCUUAGCGGGCAUAAGGGCUAUGUAUCAUCCUGUCAGUAUGUUCCAGAUGAGGAUACCCACCUGAUAACAAGUUCUGGCGACCAGACGUGUGUUUUGUGGGAUAUUACAACGGGCAUUAGAACUUCCGUGUUCGGAGGAGAAUUUCAGUCUGGACAUACUGCUGAUGUGCUAAGUGUCUCAAUUAAUGGAUCAAACUCUAGAAUGUUUGUAUCUGGUUCCUGUGAUUCAACUGCCCGGUUAUGGGACACCCGAGUUGCAAGUAGAGCAGUGCGCGCAUUUCAUGGGCAUGAAGGAGAUGUCAAUGCUGUAAAGUUCUUUCCUGAUGGUAAUAGAUUUGGAACAGGCUCGGAUGAUGGCACUUGCAGGUUAUUUGAUAUCAGGACUGGGCACCAGCUCCAAGUUUACGAUCACCAGCAUGGUGAUAAUGAGAUCCCACAUGUAAUCUCCAUUGCAUUUUCAAUAUCAGGAAGACUCCUCUUUGCGGGAUACUCAAAUGGUGACUGUUAUGUUUGGGACACUUUAUUGGCAGAGGCUGUUUUGAACUUGGGAUCUUUGCAGAACUCACACGAGGGCCGGAUAAGCUGUUUGGGUUUGUCAGCUGAUGGAAGUGCCUUGUGUACAGGAAGUUGGGAUACAAAUCUAAAGAUUUGGGCUUUUGGAGGGCACAGGCAGGUAAUCUGAUUCGAGCAGAAGGAUCGAAUCAAAUGUCUUGUUUCCUCUCAGGUUCAUGCUUCUCAAAGCCUUUUCAGAUGCACUGUGCUGUUGGUAGAUUCCUUCACAUUCUCGUCAAGUUUAUGUGAACCAUAUCUCUGUGCUGCUGCCUGUAAUUCUCAUGUGAAAAUGGAAAAAUGCAUGAUCUUACUUGGUGAAAUUGGCUAUUCAUGUUAUAUCUGGCCACAGUAUCAAAGUUGCCUGUUUAAUUUGUACGUACCAAUUACUGUAUCCUGUACCUUUAUUUAAUGAAAAAUCUUCGUUUUCUUUAA